AUGACCGCGGAGAGAGACGCCUCGCCCCCACGGCGGCUACCCAAUGCCGAACCGGAAGAGCUGUACGGCCAAGAGGUUCGUCUGGAAGAGGAGGCUUUUGCUUGGUAUAACCCCGACAAGUGGUACCCGGUCCACAUUGGCCAAGUCUUUGUUACGCGAUAUCAGGUGCUAUUGAAAUUGGGGUUCGGCUCAGCUUCGACAGUAUGGUUGUGCCGUGAUCUUGAGAAGCACUGCUAUGCGACUUUGAAAGUCUACGAGACUGGGCAUCGACAGGCUCGCAAUGAAGAAGUAGUGCUUCGUCACUUGGAACGCCUCGAGUCUGAGCAUCCAGGACAGAAACUCCUUCGGUCCAUCAAGGACAGUUUUGAGCUGCAGGGGAAAAUUGGUCCGCAUGUGUGCUUGGUCUUCGAGACUCUAGGCCUGUCCCUGGCCGACAUUAGAGAACUAGCAGGCGGCAAGCUGCCAGAGAAUCUCUUGAAGGGGUUGGUAUACGGCUUGCUACUAGGCAUUGACUACAUGCAUUCAGUUGCACAUGUCGUCCAUACAGACAUCCAAGAUGGAAACAUCAUGCUAUCCAUCUCAGACACAACAAUAUUAGACGACCUGGUGAACGAAGAAUGGAGGCUCCCGAGCGCGAGAAAAGUCAUGGGUGAUCGUACCACCUACGCGUCAACAGGGCUCGAGAUCCCAGAUGAUCCAGGUGAUCCUGUCAUUUCAGAUUUCGGCGAUGCUCAAUACGGAGAAGGUGACUUCGAAGGAGAGGUGAUGCCGGAUCUAUACCGCGCGCCCGAAAUCAUUCUCGGAAUCCCCUGGGACGAAAAGAUUGAUAUCUGGGCUUUAGGGUUGAUGGUUUGGGAUUUAUUCGAAGGGAAGCUUCUUUACAACACUCGACAUCAUGAUCGGAAUGCAUCCCGUGCAGCGCACUUUGCAAGGACAGUGUCUUUGCUUGGGCCCCCGCCCGAUGAUCUGCUGGAUAGGGGGUCAUCAUGGAAAGAAUUUUUCGACGAAGAAGGUAAACUGAUUGUCGACGGCGAGAUACCAGAGUCUUCGUUUGAAGAGGAGGAGUGUAAUCUUGAGGGAGCGGAGCAAGCCGAGUUCUUGGUCUUUCUGAGAAAAAUGCUGCAGUGGAGACCAGAGGACAGGUUAUCUGCCCGAGAGCUAAUGGAGGAUCCGUGGUUGUGUCGGCAGACGGCUGAUGACUGA